AUGCCCGUCGCUAAACCUCUCUCCGCCAUCCUCCGCUCUUCCUCUCCGCCACCAGGACACUCAGCAUUCACCGUCCCCACGUCCACCGCCAGCCACCCAAUGGAAGCCGAAGACACUGCGAACAAACCUCUGACGUGCGUCUUGCGCCGUUGCUGCUUCCUGCGCUUCAUCCUCUCCUUGGCUGCGUAG